AUGAUGACGGCGUCCGCUCCUGCUCAGCAGACUCCACUCCAAACUCUCCGCGACGAACCCGACAGCCCUGCCUCGAAGCCGCCUGUACAGCAAUCUAUGCAAAGUCCUGUACCUGCGCGCCCGGAAUCCUCGUCGCACACUAUGCACCAUACCGAGCCACGACCUGCGGCUGGAGCCAGCGAUCAUGAUCAUACUUCCCGGCACGAUGAGUAUGAGGUUGUCGAGGUCGAGGAUGGACAGGCUGGGGUGGAAGAGGCGCCCAAAGCCACCUUCUCACGCCCGCCUCUGCCUCGUCUGAACUCCCAGUCGCGGGCAGCUUCCUCGCCGGCGCCAUUCCAUGAAACCAAUCCUCCGGAGUAUCCUCAUCGACAGGUUAGCUACACGAGCACCCCACAACCAGAGCAAGGCGGGCCUGUCCACCUGCAGGGCUCGCGGGAGAUACCUAUCCCAAUGAGGCCAUCGUCUACACAAUACCAAACGGGUCCCGAGGCAUCAACACCGCCGACAACCGAGACCACAGACAAUGGCAUAGACGAGGGCUCGCAAGAUGCCAAAUCAUCGUCGCAAGGCAACACCCCGAAGCCACAAGAAAAGAAUGCCCCGAUCGCGAUCCCAAAGGUCACACCUCUGUCUUCAGACCUUAGGUUGCCCCCAAACCUUGCUGAGCUAGCGCAAGGUCUGGAUGGCAAGUACGUUGAUGAGUUUGGAAACAUUUUGGACUGGAAUGGUCAAGUGCUUGGACGUGUGGAAGGUGACCUGCCGUCCAUGAUCGGACGACCAGUCUCAGUAACGGGCGAGAUCUUCAGCGAAGACGGCGAGGUGGUCGGUUACGUAGCGGAGAACGAUACCAUUCCACCAACGCCUCCGUCUCCUAAGCCCAUUGAAGGCAUGGGAGACGGACUGAAGGUGGACCACUUGGGGAACAUCCUCGACAAGCAUAACAAUGUCGUCGGUCAUUUUGACGGCGCUCCUCUGGCAAAGUCUGUUCAGCAGACAGGCCAGUCGAGUAGCUCAAACCAGUCCAGCAAUCCUCGACCCGGUUACAUGCCCGACACGCAUACUAGCUGCCCUCAAUGUACUGCUCAUCGACAGUCUAAGCCAUCAGCUGAUACUCCCAGCCCGUCCGAGAUAUUCAUGGACGUCAAGUCAACCAAUGAUGGUAUUCAGCUCAUCAUCAAGAUCCCAACUGUAUUUCACGGUGGUGGGAAUCCCAAUAUCCAUAUAGGAACCAGAUGA